UAUACAGUGUAGUGAGGUAUCUGGGAAGAUGCUCUGGGCACGUUUUGCACGGUGCAGAUGAGGGUGGUAGGUUUGAGCCUGAGCAGAGCUGCAGGUUUCUGUUCCAGAUGGUCAGGGUGAGUUCACAGGCACAGUCAUUCCUGUUUCUGUUUACCAGCAUGUGUCUGGUGAUUUCCGAAGAGAAGAUACGUGCCUCUGUGUGAUCCCCUUGGUGUGAGCAAGACGUACAUAGUCACAGCUCUGUGAAGGACAUCCAGUCAGAACCAACAUGAGGAACAAACUGUGGCUCCAGAGUAUUUCCUUCUUCCUUUUAUUCCAGUACACUACGUGUCAUGAAAACCUCACUUGUUUUGUGGACUACGUGCAGACCCUGUCCUGUAUCCUGAGAAACGACUUGGGUGCCAGUUCAUAUAACCUCACUGCAACAUGGGUUCCUGAGCAAGAACCAGAAAAUAUUGUGGCAGCCUGCCAUCUCCUGCAAUUCUCCAGGAACACCAGUCACACCGAAUAUACAUGCACUGUGGACAUGACAGCACUUCUGGCAGAUCACAAAGUCCAGGUGGAUGUUACAGAGACAGCUAAUAGGCAGCAUGUGAUUUCCAAAGACUUUUGUAUGGCAGAGAACAUAAAACCACAGCCUCCGUUCAAUCUGACUGCUGUGCUCUCAGAGGGUUACAACAUUUCUUGGGAAACCAUCCACCAGAACUCUGCUUUCUACUUCUUGGAUGGGGAGCUGGAAUAUCAGCUGCGUUACAAGAGAAGAACCGACACCUGGGAGACUCAGAAGACUAAAGCUAUCCAUGAAGAUAGACGGACACUGGUAAUCCUGCCAUGGGAACUCCAGGCGAACACUGAUUAUGAGUUUCAAGUGAGAGCCAGACCCCGAGAAGACACUGGCUACCACGGAGUCUGGAGUGAAUGGAGUCCUCCGCUGAUAUUGAAAACCAGCCCUGCCGCAGUGACACAGACAUCAGGCAUGGAAUGGCUGCUGCUCUUUGGUGGUGUUGUGGCAAUCGCUGCGUCAAUCACAACCUUUCUGGCCAAACAGCGGAGCUUGUGGAAGAAGAUUGCUUGCAUCCCAGACCCGGCUCCCUUUUUCAAACCUCUUUACCUGGUGCAUAAUGGAGAUUUCAAGAAGUGGGUUGGUGCAUCCCAUACGAAAAUGACCCUCGAUUUCUUUGAAUGGGGACUUGUCCUUCCAGAAGUCCUAGAAGUUUACACCAUGCGUCCUUCCAACAGCACCUCACAGGAGGAGUUACAUGAGCUGAAGAAAGAUCUGCCUUGCAAGCCCUGUGUGUCUUGCCUGACUGCCCCAGGUCAGGAUAGCCAGUCCCUGCUGUCUAGUGUGAACAGUAGCAGUGGGACUCAGGACCAGUCAUACGGGCAUUUGUCCAUUGAUACUGUGACUGUGGCUGAUGAAUUUACACCUUGCAACUGCCAGUGCAACUGCAACCGUGUGUACAGAGGACAUGAGCAUACCAGUGAGGAAGAUAGUGCUGGAGAAACUGGUUACCCCAAGGUUAACAUUGAUGAUGAAGACAGAAAGCUAUCUAGUGACUUGCAUCUGGCUGACCUGAGUGCACAGGACAAAAUACUUGCUUCAGGCUCCGUGUCCACAGACCAUCUGAGGAGUACAAGUGUCCUAGCCCACCAGCAAGUAGAAAGGACUUUGGAAGGAGGGAUGGGGAGCAUCCUAGAAGCCCUUUGCUUGCAGCCUAAUCAGUGGGAUUUGGAAAAUCCAGGUUCUCCUGAUGGUGAAAGCGUUUCCUACAGUGAAGGCUCCUGUGACUUCUUCCCUCACAUUGCAAGGCCUGGUGACAGUUACCCUAUGAUCUGUGUCGAUUUGGACACUAUUGACAGUGGCUUUGUGGACUCAGACUGUGGGAGUCCAGUUGACUGUGAAUUUGAGCAAAACAAUCAGACUAACUGUGGGUCCAUCCCUCUGGAGCGGGAAGUGGAGGACUUUCCACGGAGCUAUGUCAAGCAGUGGGUCUCCUGUCGCUCUGACAGCCCUGCUAAUGAGACACAGACCGAUUGAGGACUUGAUGCCACCUUGCAGAGUGCAGGACCUUUUCUGUACUGUGCCAGGAGCAAAAUGUUAGCAAAAGUCAGAAGA